AUUGGCGUGCGUAGGACAAAUUGUAGCGUGCAUAACCAAAAGUCUGUAAAAAAAUCGCGCGUGCACCUGCCAUACUCUGCAGUCUGGUACAUGAGUCAGUUUACCGUCGAAAGCCCGCAGUUGCUUAAUCUGUAACUAACGUUUGGAAGGAUUCUUCUCUAGUGGUGUUUAUUCCAGUGGUUAAGAAUAGUCUUAGGUGGUAUGGUAGCAAUAAUGUACAGUGUAUAGGCAAUUUCUAGUCCUACUGCUUACCCGAUAACUGAGUUUAAAGCAUAUUGGAUGAGAUUGUAAAGGUCAUAUAGAAGAGAACGAAAAUGGAAGAUUGGUUGCACUGUAAUGCUUGCUUUGUAAGGAUUAUCCAUGGACCAGUUUCUUUUUCUGUGACAAACUGUGCUCAUAUAUUCUGCAACAAGUGCAUUGAAAGGGUUGCCAACUCCACUUGUACUGUGUGCAACAAAAAGUGUUCAGCAUACACCUUACUUCAUAACAAGAUGGAUCCCACCACAGCAAACUAUUUCAAAGACCCAGGAGAACUUGCCCAAAAAGCCAUGAAUAUGUUCAAACUAUCCGAAGAUGUUCGAAAAUUCCAAGCUACCCAAAGGAAAUCUUUAUUCAAAGCGAUUGUUAACAAGGCUGAACAAAAAGAGAAGUUACUGCAGACAGCAGUUGCAACAAUGUCAGAAACCAAAAGAAAGAAUUCAGAGUUAAAGUUUAUCAUCAAGAAUAAAAACAAUUUAUCAAGUGUCUCACCAAAAAGUCACUCUUAUAUGGCUAUGCAAUAUUCACCAGAUUGUUCUCCCCCUUCAUCUCCCAAUAGAAACAUAUCCACUCGUAAAACACCACCACAUUACUACAGCAGUGUACCAUGCACGCCAAACAAAACUUCUGUAGAUGGCCACCAGCACAGAACGCUUCUUUCUGGUGGUUAUACAGUGUCACCUAAUAAGGAAAAGCCAAGAAUGUCUCUUCGUUCUCCACCUGUUGGUGGAAAAAUACAAACACCUCCAGAUUUACGUCUACACCACAGCUCACCAGAUGGAAUAGUUUCAAAGCAGGCCAGCUUACAUUCAAUGAAACAAAGCACUUACUUCUCAAAGUUCCAAACGCCUAAAUCUCCCAUGCAUGGAACCACCCCACAUAGUACACACAGCACUCCACAGUCGAGAUGUGGAACUCCCAGAGUGAAAGCCAUUACUAACUAUGGAGUGAGCCUCAUCGAAAAACGAAGACUCGUGGGUCAUCAAUAAAAGUUAUGAGUCGUCAAUUAAGAAUAGAAACUGCCGAAUCAUCCGCAAACACUCCAGAGUCAUUGAAGAAAAUUUGCCCAGUCAUGAAGAGCCAUAAAGAUUGAUGAUGUAACAAUAAAACAUUCGAUUUACAUUCUGAUUCAAAAACCUAAUUUCGAGGUGUUUUUCGUUGCGAAACCAAGCGUUGUCGGAGGUUUCUUACUUCAUCCAUUAGGUGUCGCUCUUCAGUCCUUAAGUUUCCUCUGCUUCGGUCGAGUGACCCUGCGUGAACAUAUUUUAUCGCUUGUUGUUUUAAAAGUUAAUUAAAUGUUGCCGUUCUUA